UUCGACCGAAAGGCGUCGGUCGCGCUAAAUUGCGUCCUUGUGUCAAAUUGUUUUAUUGUGAACUGUUAGCCAUGUGAUAAUUUCUUCAAGCUUGGAGUAUUAAAUACGCGUCGUGUGUGGAUGAAAAUCUCAUCAAAUUGUAUACAUAAAGGGUUUUCGUCAUUUGAGAGCUCUUGAUUGCAACAUGCUUAGUUUUGGUUUAUGAAUUUCCGAGGCUAUCCAGUGAUAUUGUACUACAUAACAGCUAAAGUACCCUGGACAAAAUUUUUGUCUCAAAACAUUCUCAAUUCUACAUAAACAUGAUAAUUCAGCAUUCAAUUACCAUACAUUCCAUAAAUCUAAUGUCUUGACCCUACCACUAUGACUUAAAACCUUAGUUUUAGUAUUUUCAGUUUUUAUUUAUUGCUCCUAGCUUGCAAUUUUAUUUUGAUUACAUUAAAUUUUGGCAUAAUUUAAUACUAGCUUCCCUCACAAUCUAACAUUUUUGUUUAACACAUAUUAUUCUGCAACAAAAUAUCUUUCACUAUGAUGAUCAGACGUCGAAACCUGUUGAUUAAAGGGCUACUUCUCGUCCCCACUUUGUGGGUGGUGAUAACUUAUAUCAUUGCUGUUACUUCAACUCAGACCCCUGUUGAUACCCUCCGAAACAACAAGCCACAAGAAUCGAACCACAAGGUGGAACGUUCCCUUCAACAGCAGCGGCUCCAUGUAGCAAACAACAUAGUGGAACAAGUGGAAAAUCCACAGCCCCUGGUGAAAACUAAAGAUUCCGAGCCUGAAAACCAUGAAUAUCAGGGCCAGGGUGUUCUUCUGCCCCCCAGAGAGAAUGAUGGCCCUGGAGAGCUGGGGAAGCCCGUCAAGCUGUCGAACCUCACUGACGAGCAGGAUAAGUUGGUGAAGUUGGGCUGGAAGAACAACGCUUUCAACCAGUACGUCAGUGACAUGAUAUCUCUGCACAGGAGCUUGCCAGAUCCAAGAGAUAAAGAAUGUCAAGACAUCAAAUAUCCUCAUGCGCUUCCACAGACGAGCGUCAUCAUCUGCUUCCACAACGAAGCUUGGAGUGUUCUCAUUCGAACGGUGCACAGUGUUCUGGAACGAUCUCCGGACCACCUCAUCAAGGAGAUCAUUCUUGUGGAUGACUUUUCAGAUCAAAAACAUCUGAAAAAGAGGCUGGAAGAUUACCUGUCAAACUUUCCUAAAGUUCAACUGGUACGAGCUCAAAAGCGUGAAGGCUUGAUAAGGGCUCGUCUGCUGGGAGCAUCUGUAGCGUCUGGUGAAGUUCUCACCUACUUGGACUCUCACUGUGAAUGUACAGAAGGUUGGCUGGAGCCUUUACUGUAUCGCAUCCACCAGAACAGGACGAAUGUGGUGUGUCCUGUCAUCGAUGUAAUCGCUGACGAUACCUUCCAGUAUCACUAUCGAGAUUCUAGGAGCCUCAAUGUGGGAGGAUUCGAUUGGAACCUUCAAUUCAACUGGCACCCCGUACCUGACAGAGAGAACAAAAAGAGGAAACACACGUGGAUGCCUGUCUCGUCCCCUACUAUGGCCGGUGGGCUUUUUGCAAUCGACAAAGAAUUUUUUAAAAAAUUAGGAACAUACGAUGACGGAUUCGAUAUUUGGGGUGGUGAAAACCUUGAAUUGUCUUUUAAGACCUGGAUGUGUGGUGGUACGUUAGAAAUAAUUCCUUGUUCCCAUGUUGGACAUAUCUUCAGAAAACGGAGUCCCUACAAGUGGAGGACUGGCGUCAACGUCUUAAAGAGGAACUCUAUCCGAUUGGCUGAAGUCUGGCUCGAUGAAUACGCUAAGUAUUAUUAUCAGCGGAUAGGAACCGAACUGGGAGACUUUGGGGACAUAUCUAAACGGAAAGAGCUUAGGAAGAAUCUCCAGUGCAAAAGUUUCAAAUGGUACUUGGAUAAUAUUUAUCCAGAAUUAUUUAUUCCUGGAGAUGCUGUAGCAUCAGGAGAGGUUCGCAACUUGGGUGGCGAAGGUCGCAGUAUGUGCUUGGAUAGCCCUGCAAGAAGGAACAAUUUGCAUAAGCCUGUCGGCCUGUACCCUUGCCACGGACAGGGAGGGAAUCAGUAUUGGAUGAUGAGUAGGGAUGGCGAAAUUCGAAGAGAUGAAGCUUGUUUGGAUUAUGCUGGAAAAGAUGUCAUUUUGUACCCUUGCCACGGUUCCAAAGGAAAUCAGCUGUGGAAAUACAAUAACAAAAGUAAGACGAUCCAACAUGGCAGCAGCAGCCAGUGCUUGGAAAUGAGUGCCGACAAGCAGAAAGUCCUUAUGCAAGAUUGCUCAGAGGAACCACGGCAGAAGUGGUCCUUCCAGAAUUUCGACCCAACAAAGUAUUCCAAGAAAUCUCCAUGAUGAAUUAAAUUGUGAACUACUAUCUAGGAAUAUGAAAUCUGUUGAACUUGGUUCAGUUCCUCUUUGAUUCAGUAUUUGCUUCAUGGGCUUAGUUUGAAUGUGGUGCAAGCAGCAGUCCAAUAACUGAGUGCUUUCCCUGAUUUUCAAACACACUGGUGGUGGUUUCGAUUUUUGAACUGAAUGCAGUACAUGUUUUUAACUUUUCAUAUUAUUUAUUCAUAAUGGUUUAUGCAUGCGAAGCGAGAAUGUGCUUUGUAAUGUUUUAUUGUGAAUUUAGUUCAUAUUAUUUAAAUUCGCUUCAUAAGAGUUUUAUUAUUAGUGUAAUAUUUUUUACACAUUCUCAUUAAUGAUCAGCCCUAUAGAAAUGAAACCACAAAAGAUGAACUGAACAAAAUUUAAAGAUUUUUAUAGCAAGAAAUGUAAUGCAUAGUUAUUCAUCAAUGCAAAAAUUUACUGCAUAUAUUAAAGUUUUACAAGCGGCCUCGUUGGCUCAUGGUGCCUUAAAAUUUGUUCCAGGAAACACAUUCCAUGAAUAUUGUGAUUGACUGUGAAGUAUGACGUCAAGUUUUAGCAAAUCAACUGUUCACAAUAUGCCUUACUUGCCUAUAAUGCUGAUUCUCAACUUCAAAGUCUCUAAAUUAUCAUAAUAAAUCACACAGAUUUGAAGACCUUCAAUGCCAUUUGAAACAGAAUGAAUGGCCAGUUGCAAGUAUUUGAUGCAAUGUUGGAAAUUUGUAAAUUCAUUCAUAUAAAAAAGAUAAGCAACUAUUUCCCAUACUUUAAUUUUUUACUAAUGUUAGCUUUUGUAUAAAAAUGCAUUAUUAUACAAAAUAUGGCUUGACUAUGUGAUAAAAAAGGCAGCUUAUAUUCCCAAUCAGUAGAAAGAGCCACUACUCUACAACGAAUUAUGUCAUUAAACACUUUUACUUCUGAAAUAGGCAUUGUAAUAUAUAAAGAAGAAACUUUGUGGCACAUUUUAUUUUUUCAUAUCUUUAAUUUUUAAUCAUUGUCCAACAUAAUGUAUGAAUUGCUUUUCAUGUUCAAUCAGCAAGUAAUUGAAACAUGUUUAGUUAUAAUUAUUUAAAUUUCCACUCUAUUUGAAUGUAACUUUCAAAUAUGAUAAGCAGGUAACAUAAUAAGCGUCAAAGCAAUGUUGUUUAAUAUAUUUUUUUGGGGAAAAAAUAAUAUAGUUUUAUUUGACUCAUGGAUACUUCCACUGGUUACAUAGAAUAUAAUGUUUAUUCAGUUAUUCACUAUCACAAAGUAAAUGAAGUUGGGAAUCAUAUUUAGAAAGUGUGAUAAAUUAUUUUGAUUUUCAAAAAAGAAAAAAAAAGAUCGGGUUGUGACAAUCUUUGUAAAUUAUUUGUGCCAUUAUUUAAGUGUUCACAUGGCCAUCGUAUCUACAGAUGGAUCAUUUGUAUAAAAAUCUCAUGUUCUUUGGAAUAAAAUUAUUUAAAUUGCCA